CCACCCGACCGUUUUCCCCGCCCUUCUCCAACUUCCCAAGCAUCCAGCCAGUCAGCCACCAGUUCCCCCCCCUCCGAGCACGCCACGAUGUCCGUGCAGGGAAACGAGAGAAGGGGGGAGAGCGAAGAAAAAAGAAGAAAAAAAAAAGAAUUGCAAUAUUGUAACUACGUUGAACUGGUCUCGUGCAAGGUCGUGCGGUGUUGAUAAUUUUGGUUGUGCCUGCGUUGACAGGCGACGAAGACGAAAACAGCAGUCAUGCCACGUCGUGAGCGCAGAGGGAUGCUGAUGCCGCGUCGCCUCGGGGUUCUCGUACCCCUCCCGUUCGCCUCCAGACGACCGAUCGGUAGGCCACCUCAUCCUUUCAGCUUCGAGCGAGAUGGCGAGGUGCCACCCCUAACUACAAUCUCGUGGCGAAGCAAGGAGGCCACAAUAGCCUCCCCAACCUUUGUAGUCUCGCUAUUGUGGCUUCGGCUUCGGCUCCGUGUUCUUUGUCGCCUCCGCUUCGACGAAUCUUGGGCGUUUGGAGAACGAGACCGCGACGGCGAUUGGCUGCGACGGCGAUUCAAUUGGACGACACGAAACACUUUCCUGCGGUUUGGCGACAGUGAACAACGGCCGAGGCGCGAUGUGUUUCUCGACGCGUCAACCCUCGAUGUGGAUCGAUUCCGACAACGCCCCCGGAGGGUAGACGAUUCGGUAGAACGAAUCCGAGCGGCAGCAAUGGCUAGAGCAGCAUCCGGCGUGUUGCGGCGUCGUUUCCGCCCUCGUUGGCUAUCAGGUUCGGGCGAGGAGAAUGCCGUGAUAGCGACGUCGAGGAUGCUCUCGUUGGCUGUCGCUUGAGUAGCCAUUUCGAGGCUUGUGGAUAGCUGCUGAGGACGUAGUUUCCCGGACCCCUUCAUCGAGUAUCGUCACUUUACUCGGCAGAGACGGGCCAAGACGGCAGACAGUAGUGAGGUAUGCCUAUAGGUGAGAUGCAUACAAGUCGUAGAGCGUAUUAAAUAGAGGAGAGUCGAGGGGACAAAUCGAGGUCGCCGUCUCAAUCAGCACCUUCCAGGUCUGCCGAGUCCUGUAGAGGUGCAGG